CUCGCGAUAUCUGGAGGGCGGGCGCCAGCCUUCUGGGCUUGCAGCCUUGGCCGGCUCUCGCGAGACUUAUCGGGAAUCGGAGUUCGGGAGCCGGCCGUGAGGAAAGCGGGAGCCGCGGGUGGGGAACAUGUCGGAGUCUGACCUCGGCAGGAAGUGGGACCGGUGCUUGGCGGAUGCAGUCGUGAAGAUAGGUACUGGUUUUGGAUUAGGAGUUGUUUUCUCUCUUACCUUCUUUAAACGAAGAAUGUGGCCCUUAGCCUUUGGUUCUGGCAUGGGAUUGGGGAUGGCCUACUCCAACUGUCAGCAUGAUUUCCAGGCUCCAUAUCUUCUGCAUGGAAAAUAUGUCAAAGAGCAGGAGCAGUGACUUACACCGAGAACACCCAGUUGGAGGAAGAGAAAUCAUGUUUAUUCCUCAGGAAUACUGAAGUGCCCUGGAGUAAGCGGACACUCUUCUGUAGCAGUGUUAUCAGUAAUGCUUUAAACUCCAGCACACUGUUUAUGUAUUUGAAACCAAGUCUGUUUCUUGUUUUGUAUUUUUUCUCUGGAAAUCGUAAGGAGGUGAUCUUAAAAGAAAUAAAUUUACAAAGGAAGUCCAGUGCACGGCAUUCAUUUCUUUGCCUUUAGCCUGAGCUUCAGGAGGACUCCAUUUGUAGCACAUGGUCACAGCUGCUGUGCUCUUCUGCAGCCACAGCCAGUGUGCACUCUUCACCACUGCCCCCUCAAGCAUAGUUCCCAGAACUGUUUGUCCCUCAGAAGAUGAAGGUUGCCGAUGGAGAUGACUAACGUCUUGUGGAGCUUUCCUCAUUGGAGCAACUCUUUAGGCCUGUUGCUGGUUCUCACUAGCAGACCUGGCAGGGCUCAUCUCAGCUGUGCCUGCUACACACUGCGGUCAAGCAGCUGUUGUAUUAGUGGGACUUGAACUUGACUGGAUGGCUCCCUACAUUGAUUACAAGCCGCAUAGCAUCAUGGAGCUUGGUGCAGUCCAAGCUUCAGCCCCAGGGGUUUUCUCCUGGCAGUGGAGAGAGCUAGGGGCACACCUACCUGGCUGGUAUGCUACAGUUGGGGUUGCCUUUAUUUUCAUGUAGCAGCUAGGUCUAGGUUUGAGGACAAAGGGACUAUAUCUAAUACAUCUCUGUGAGUUUGUUCUUAGUUUCACUUGAAUUGUGUGGGUGGGACACAAAAAGAGUAUAUUAGCAAUUUCUUCUCAUAAUGUAUAGAACCCCAGAGCUCAGAUUUUCAUGUCUUAUUUUUCUCCUUAUAAUAAAAAUAAGAUGGGCCAGGUGUGGUGGUGCAGGCCUAUAGACCCAGGACUUGGGAGGCUGAUACAGGAGGAUUGCCAACCUGAACUAUAUAGCAGAGACUCUUGUCUCAAAAAAAAGAUGGGCAGAGCUUGAUCCCGUUGCCUUUUUUCUUGUAAAUGUUAAUUGAGCAUUUUCUGUGCUAGGGACUAUUGUAGGUAGCAGAGAUAAAUGAAUAAAAAUACACUGGCUCCUGCAGCUUAAGAGUGAUAGACAUGCAGACACUUGUGAUUCUGAAAGUAAAUUGUUUUAACAGGGAGGCAGGCUGUGGAGACGAGGUGCAGUGAGAACAAGGGAGAAGGUGCACCCAAGCGUCCACAGGACGGACUUGCAGAGGAUGGAAUGGGGAAGAGAAGGAAAGUAGCUCUGUGAAGGCUCAGAAUCACAGAAGUACACAUCAUAGCUGGGAAACAAGUAAUUCAUGCAGCUAGAGUGAGCAGAGGCAAGGGAGGGGUGCGGAGGGCUUGGCUGGAUAACCACUCUGGGGAAUCUAGUGCCUCACCCCAGUUUUAUACAUCGAUUAGAAAUUAGAACUUGUGCUGUGAUGAGUACAUUCAGAGUAAGAACCCUGUCCCUUUUCCCUCCCUCACUCUUCACCCACUCCCCUUUCCUGAAGGAUCCGCUAGGCUCUGGACCUGGACAGGCAGUAGUGGCUCUCUGCGAAAGAUGGGCUGAGCCCAGUAUUGUAAAGUCAUGGCCAUGGCAUGCCACAGCCACUCAGUGUUCUUUAUGUGGCCCUCUUCAUUCCAUAAUCAAAGCAACCCAUAUAAUUAAAAGAGAAACAACCAUGUGACCCGGUUCAUCUCUUCUCUCUCUAUUUUUUUUCUAUAUUUGUUUUAAAAGUCAGAAUUUGGGCAUGUAGCUCAGUGGUAGAGCACUUGCCUAGCAUAUGCAAGGCCCUGGGUUUGAUUCCCCAGUAGCAUACACACACACAAAAGUUAGUAUUCAUUUUAUCUUCAUUUCCACCUGUCUUUCCCACAUUUGCUUUAAGAGUUAGUAUUCUCCCCUCCCCCUAAUUUUUCCAUCUUCAUUUAGGCAGAGAUAAGAAUAACAAAUCCUCGUCCAAAAAAGACAAAGACAAACAGUGUGCUCACAAAUUUUCUAAAUGCAUCAGAACAACAAGGUAGUCAGGAACAUUGGAAUAAAACUUCUCUAUCUUGUCAGUUGCUAGGUUUUAAGGGAUCGGUUUGAAUGAAUCCCUUUGCCCUGCACCUUUGAAGCAACACUAAAUUGCUUUGAGGAACUGGUCAAGCUCUGUGAAGGAACAGUUUUGGGCAAAAGCCAGGUAAAGAAGCAAGGAUUGACUAUUUGAUUUAGUCCCAGAGUACUUUGUAUUCCCACCUUGUAGCUCUUAGCAAAGACUGGCUGGAAGCACAAUUCUUGAUCUUGUCCCUACUCUGCCUUCAUCUCACAUCAACCUUCAGAAAGUUCUAGCUUGUUGCCAAAGGCAAUUUUUAAGUUUUAUGAGAAAUUCAAGUCCUCUGGGGUCCCUGUUCCCUUGGGGUUGUAAAACUUUUUGACUUUGCCUCUUGUCUGCCCUUCUGGAACCAAAUACAAGAAAAUUCAUGGGUUUGGGGAGAGAGUGCUCAGAACCCAACUGGACACAAGAUACUAGGAUAAAGCUGUGGCACCCCAAAAGUGGCCUACUCUGCCAACAUAUAUAAAUACAUACAGUCUGAGCUUGAUGCUGUAUAAUUUGGCCCCAAACAGUAUGUAUUUUGAACUCAUUUAGGUGAAUAAUUUUGGCAUUCCAAGUAGCCAGUGGGGAGACCUCAUCAGGCACAUUUGCUUCAUGCAGAAGUGCUCCUUUGUUCUGAGAAAUGGCCUCAAACACACUCUGCUGAGCUGUCUCCUUUAGUGAGUGUCAUCCUCUCUCAUCAGUUUCAAAAAAAUCUAAGAAUACAAUCUUGAAAUCCUGCCUAUAAGAAAUGCAGAGAUUGGGAAUGAAGAUGACUGUGUAGUUUUGCUAUUUAGUUUUCCCAAACCUCACUGUUCAGGUUUUUUUUUAUGUAACCAAGCCAUAAUUGCAUUUUACUUGUCAUGGUUCAGUCUGAUUGUAUCGUUGGAAAGACUAUUUUUGAACCUGUCCAAAUAAACGCUGCAAAGUGUUUCCACAAUGAUGUACUUCACGGGGCUGGGACAGCUUCAUCCUGAAUGGUCCUGGGACACAAAUGGUUUCCUGUUGCAUGCUUUAUAAUUACAUAAAUGCAAAGCAGUGGAAGGGAGAAAGUGGAAAUUCUAAGUACCGAAAGGAAUGUUAAAUUUGGAAUAAUAAGCUCAUCUGGAAGCCAUCAUCACUUUUUCCUUUAAGUGUGCUGCAAGCCCCACUCACCCUGGACACCAAAGGACAGUAUCAGGGCACAGUACACAGGGGCACAUUGAGUAGAUUCUGGGACAAGUGUGGGUCAGUGAUCAUUGUCACAGUGGUAAAGGACCUGAAGGAAGGGGACAGGCAGAACCAAGCAGAGUCAGGGCCGGAAGGCUGUAGGAAGGCCCCAGCUCCGAGCAUCCAUUCCAUUGCUUACUUGUCAAGGGACUUUGAGGGAUGUUCUUAAUCUCUUCAAACACCAGGUUCCUCAUUUGCAAAGGAAAAAAAUUCUACCCUAUAAGCUCUAAGAGCCAAAUAUAUGUGCUACCACAUGUAUAAAAAGAGGUCAUUGGGGCUGGGGAUAUAGGUCGGUGGUAGAGUGCUUGCCUGGCAUACACAAAGCCCAGGGUUUGAUCCCAAGCACUGGAAAAUAAAAAGAGGUUGUUGCUAUUGGAAUUAAAAUACAGAGGACAUGACACUAUUGGUGCGCAGUGAGGGCAUUGUUUCAGAACAGAGCAUAGUCUUUGGCCGUUAGGGUCAAAAUCUGCAAGAUCCAAUGGAGAGAAUGUAUUUUAAGUGAUUUUGUCCACACUCCCUACUUCCAUCUCACCAGCCUUGAGAAAGUUCCAGCUUGUUGCCAAAGGCACACAUUCUAUUCUAUAAGUUUCAUUAGAAAUUCAAGUCCUCCAAGGUUCUGUUUCCUUGUGGGGUUGUGAAACUUUUGACUUUGCUUCUUGUCUGCCCUUCUGGAACAAACCUAAAAGUGGUGACUUUUAGUUUCACUCUAUUAGGAGUGAUGCCACUGUAGCUGCUUGCCUUCUGAAACUUCACACUAACUUUUAAAAAAAAUCACUUAUAUGCUCAGCACAUGGGCUCAGUGCUAGGCUAGGAGGGGGAGGAGGAAAAAGAUGCUGAAGAAAUAGAAGGGACCUCGAGGACUUAGGGAGCAUCUGUCCCAAUAGGAAACCAGACUAUUACUGAGUACUUGUAUCUGGGAUAAUUAGUCUCAGUUGUUUGAUCCUCACUUGAAGGAUUCAGAGCCAGAAGGUGUAGCUCGAGAUAAGAUGUUAAGAAUUGGUGGAGCAGCCGGGUGUGGUGGUGCAUGCCUGUAAUCCCAGCACUCAGGAGGCUAAGGCAGAAGGAUCACCAAGAGUUCGUGGCCAGUCUGAGCUACAUAUUGAGUUCAAGGUCAGCCUGAACUACAUAGUGAGAUCCUGACUCAAAAAACAAACAAAAAACUAAAUGCAAAUGAAUAAUACCAAAUAAAAAAUCAACCACAAUUCUUAAAAAAAAAAAAAAAAAGAAUUGUUGGUGGAGGUAGGGCAGGUGAUGUCAAUAGAGACUAGGAAAAAAGCUCAAUAUCAACUGUCUUCAAGUCAUUUAUUCCUAGUCUAGCCAGUUUGAACUAGCACAACUUAUUUUGAUCAUCUUAAGUGAGAAUAUAUGAUAGUUUUAUUGAGCAUAUACCAUGUUCUAGUUACUAUUUUAAGGCUUUACAUACAUCAUGAUGCUUGAUUUUUACAAUAAUCCACUGCCUAAGCUACAUAGUAAAUUCAAGACCAGCCUCAUCUACAUAGCAAGACCCUGUCUCAUAAAAAAAAAAAAAAAA